GUAUAGCUUAUUUCACGUUGUGCGGAUAUAGCUGAACACGCGCCUUUAGAGCCCUGAAUAAGCCAGUUUAAAGAAGCGUUUGUCAACUUCAGGAUCAGGAAGUGUGUUCAACAGAAGUGCUCACAUCGUGCCGUUCGGUUUCAAAUCGAUGGUUUGAAAGUAGCCGAGCUCUAAAGUGAACGAUGACGCAGUUUCUACCACCGAACCUGCUGGCUCUGUUUGCGCCUCGGGACCCGAUACCCUUCCUACCUCAACUGGAGAAACUCCCGCACGAGAAGCACCACAACCAGCCGUACUGUGGCAUCGCGCCGUUCAUUAGGCACUUCGAGGACCCAAGAGAUGCACCUCCUCCAACAAGAGCAGAAACCCGCGACGAGCGCCUGGAGAGAAAGAUUUAUAUAGUCUACAACAAGAAGACGGGGAAGCCUCGUGGCUAUGCUUUCAUUGAGUAUGAGCAUGAACGAGACAUGCACUCUGCCUACAAGCACGCAGACGGGAAGAAGAUUGAUGGACGGAGGGUCUUGGUGGAUGUAGAAAGAGGACGCACUGUCAAAGGAUGGCGUCCUCGCAGGCUAGGCGGUGGCUUAGGCGGUACCAGGAGAGGUGGAGCUGAUGUUAACAUCAAGCACUCUGGUCGAGAUGAUGCAUCCCGUUACGAUGACCGCUCUCUGGGGGCUGACCGUGGAGACCGGAUGGAACGAAGUCGGGAACGUGAUCGGGACAAGGACAGAGAACGUCGGCGGACUCGGUCCCGUGAAAGGCGCAGACACUCCCGGGAGCGAGAGAGGGAAAGGGACAGGCAGGGCGGCGCAGGAGAAGAGGUCAGCACCAGUAGCCGUCGUCGUGAGCGAGAGAGAGAACGUGGGGUGGCGGGGCCAGGAGACAAUAAGAGUAGGGAGAGAAGUCGAGACAGGAAGAGACGAAGCAGGAGCCGGGAUCGCAAAAGAGACAGGGAGAGGGGCAAAGGGGUAGAUGGGGAUGAGGUGGGCCAGGUAGACGGCAUCCCUGAGGGUGGGGAGCGAGUCAUGGGGGAGCAGGAAGGAGAAGUGGCCGAGGGCACGGAGGAGCGCCGAGAACGGGACAGAGAGAAGGAUAGGGACAGACGGCGCAGCCACAGGGACAGAGACAGGCGUAGGGGGGACAGAGACCGAGACAGAGAGCACAAAAGGGAGCGUGGAGAGAGAGACAGGGGGGAGCGGAAAGAGGAGCGCCACGGUUCCACACGGGAGGAUGUGGGUCCCCAGGUCGAGGUGGGCAAUGAGGACAACGAUGCAUCGACACAAAUGGAGGAAUACAGCCAGGACGGAAUGACGGACCAGCAGUCUGUCCCGUCAGCGGACGGCUAUGGCUCCGGAGAAAACGGCUACAAGAUGGAGGCUCCAGAUGAGUACUGAUACAGGAGGAGACUCCCAUGUGUAAAUGAAUUGUUUUAUUCCUGCUGUUUUUCUGUCCGAUGCCUUCACACUCUCAGGUCUUCCUGAGGAUUAAAACUUGUAGUCUGCUGUCUCGCCGGUCUGUUGGAAUAUUUCAUUUGCACGUUCAAAUUUGGUCUCUGUAAGUAAGUGGCAGUUUCUCUACAUCUUAUUAAUCUGUGCCACUAAAUGUUUCUAAAGUAGUCUGUGAACAUUUAUUGUUUUAAUUUCUGUGGUGGUUAAGUUCACUUUGGGUGGAAAUUCAACAGGAAAAGCUCGGUUCAUUUUGAGAAAAGAAGAUUAUGGUUCACACAGCAGGUACAUUCUGACCUCUGCUACAAGAACCAGAAGUUAAAGGAAUCUUAGUGAAACAGUUGAGGGCUAUUCUGUUUUUCUGCUUUUUUUUUUUAUCCAUUUAUAGAGUUUC